AUGCAUCGAAGUCAAAGUUACUCCUACGGCCAGCCCGCCAUGGCUGGUCACUCACGAUAUGCUUCGACACACGCCAGUAGCUCGGCCUUCAGUGCGUCGGCCAACCCCAAUGAAGACUGGACAAAGAUCUCCGACUUGGCCGAGAGACGGCGGAUCCAGAAUCGGAUCGCUCAGCGAAACUACCGCAAGAAGCUGAAGAGAAGACUCGAGGACUUGGAACGCCGCGCCGGAUCCUCGUCUGCUUCUCCCGAACAACAACACUCAGAACUGGCCACGACACCGGCCAAGGAAAUCUCGCAAAGGCAAUCCCAAACGAUGGUUCGCCAGCCGUCCAGGUCAAGCGCUUCACGCGACAUCUCGAGAGCGUCGCCUGAGAUUCUGCCUUUAGACAACCAUUCCUCGCUUUUUGACACACCAGCCGGGCGCCACGUCUCCAUGCACUCACAACCCGCAUUCACAUUCUCCUCAUAUCCUCCCACAACGGCAUAUCUCCAGUUCGAACACCAACAUCACCCCACUUACGAAAGCGCCACGAGCUACUUCUCGAGUUAUCCUUAUCCCGCCGAAGUCUCGUCCUCGAGCCUGCCACCCACACUCCCGGCGAUGCUCCCCACUGUCUACGGGAAGCAGGAACACCUGUUCGGCGACGACGACAUGCUAAGUCCAUUCAGCAUGAACUAUGCUUCUCUGGCCGGUCUUGAAAUGCCCUCGAAUCAAGCAUAUUCAGGGGCCACUUCACAUGUAAAUCCCACCACUUUCUUCUCCCGUUCAUAUUCCAGCCCACGCAUCUGA